GAGAUUGUCAUUCCUUGUCGUGCAGAGAUUGCUCCUCUUCGUCGCUGCAACUAGCUGCUGGUCAUCGGCUCGAACUUCGAGAGCACCUCUUUUGGGUCGAUUCUCGAGUGGAGGCGGAGCGCCUCUUUUAUUGCGAUUGCUCGCCGUCUUCAUCUAAUCACGUUAUCGACCCACCAUACCGCACACAGACACGCAUACAUCCAUCCCACCAUCGGUUUUCCACAUUCUGCUCUUUUGUCUCGUCGUCUCUUGCCUUAUCAGAAGAGUCUCGCGCACCUGAUCCUUUUUGCAGAGAUGGACUCGGAACUGGCAGCACGCUGGAACGAUUUGACGAGUUUUCUCAGCGAACCCACUAGGGAGAAGUGGCGGAAGACGAUCAUCGACGCCUAUGCACCUCGGCCUUUCCGGGGCAUUCCCCACCUCUGUGCUAUGUUCAAGCUGUUCGACAAGUACAAAGACCAUCUGAGGGAUCGCUAUGCUACAGCUUUUGCCAUAUUCUUCAAAAACAUAGUCUACGAUCCACUGGCAUCCGAUAACGCCGAGAAAAGUGCGCAGCUUCUACAUCAAUUCGCUCAGGACACCACAUUCGAUUCUGAGAAUUACGUUGCUGAUCUCAUCGUUGCCUCGGGUUCAUACUCGACCGAUGCGCAUCUCACGCCGGGUGUUUCGGGUGACGAAGACCUGCACUACUUGAUAGACUUCGACAUGGCUUUCCUAGGAGAUGAUGAAGAGCUGUUUUCCCAGCAUGAGAAAGCACAACGGAAGGAGUAUAGCCAUCUUAGUGACGAAGAGUACAUGAAACAAAGAGAAAAGGUGCUGCGACUGUUUCUUCAAAUUCCUAAUAUCUAUGCAACGAAGGAUCUCCGAAAUGAUUUCGAAGCUAAAGCCAGAGAGAAUAUCGCAAGAGAAAUCAAACUUCUUGAGAACCAUGCAAGAACCUACUAGGAUAUGAUAGAAUGGAUUCAGCCUGCUUUAUCGUUUAUAGACAACUUUUGCAUUGGUAUUUCUUUUGAUUUGAAGAGAUUCUUCUGAGGCUUGAGCUUGCAUGACCGUCAAAUGAUACUCGUCUUAUCGUUCAAAAAAUUGUUCAUUGUGGCAUGACAAGGAUGAUGCUUUCAUAAUAAUCGAUUCUCUACGUGUAUAUAUGUAAAUAUAUGGUGCUGUUUCAGUCCCUGUUUCAUUUCGCAUGCAAUUUCCAUCGAUAUCGUACACUUAUAUAAUUUUUAUCUAUACGCAUUUUGUGUCAAGGAAUAAACAUCCAUCUUAAGAAG